ACCCAAAAAAAAGGAUAGAACUUUAAAGGAGGCGGAGACACUCCAUCAUCACGCUGGAGGCUGCUUUGGUCAUUCGCUGCUUUGGAUGUUCAGCAUCUCCGACCUUCCUUGAAAAGGGACAAAUGUCAGCUGUUUGGGGGGGUGGAGAGCGCUCUCCUCUUUAGAGGAGAAUUUGCCAUUUGUGGUGUUUAGAUUUCUCUUUUGUUGUAGGUAUUUUUUAAUAUCAGGCAAGAAACGAACCAACCAAAAGCGUCUUUUUAGAGAAAAGCACAACAGACGCAGAGGAGCCGUGACCUUUCUGAAGUCAUGUUCAACAUGCUAAAAAAUUCUCUCUUCGGCAACACCGAGGAUACGGAGUAUAAACUGCUGAGCAGCGAGACCAAGAAUGGAGUUCGCUAUGAGGUGCGACGCUACGACGCUGCCAAAUAUGCCUCCAUCUCCUCUGAGGGACGAAGCUACGACCAAGUGACCGGAGAGCUGGUGAGAAAGCUGCUGAUGUACAUCGGCGGGAGCAAUGAGCAAGGUGAGGCCAUGGGUAUAGCUUUUCCCAUCAUCAUCGCAGUUUAUCCUCGGAACGAUGGCGUUCUCUCUCGGCGUUUGGCAGCCGCCAUCCGAAUUCCAUCUACGUACCAGCAAAGCCCUCCAACUCCCACGGACGGAGCCAUCAGUAUUGAAGAGCGGCCCGGCAUGACCGUCUACACUCUACAAUUUGGUGGCUUUGCCGGGGAGACUGAGUUCCGAGCAGAGGCCUCGCGUCUGACGCGCACGCUGGGAGAGACGGCCCCCUUUCAGCGCAAGCAGUAUUUCUGCUGCAGCUACGACCCCCCGCUCAAGCCUUACGGACGCAGAAAUGAGGUGUGGUUUCUACAGGAGGAGCCGUAGACGUCCUCUGGUCGGUCACAUCGUGGGAUCAGUUCUGUGCCGUUCAUCCCUGAACAACAGUGUGUUUUCAGCAUACUUUCCUUCCUGUUCUUUUCAUUUGAUAAACCCACUCUUAUAAGCUCUCCAGCACACGUUGAUUUAAUGCUCAGAUAGUUAGCUGAAUAUGAAAAGAAAAUGCUUCUUCUGCUUGUUACCAGUCAAAAAAUUCUGUUACUUAUCUUUUCCAUUUUUUUUAUUUAAAGAACAUGAGUAUUUCAAAUUUCCCACCUUUAUAGAGGUUGUCAUCUGAAAUGUUGGAGUUUUGUUUAUGACUUCAGGGAAACAGAAAUAAUGGGUUGUAAAAGUGAACUUCUUCUUCUUCUUGGUAAUGGAAGUGCAAACAAACAGGAAUUGAGCCACACAUUAAACUCUAGAAGUUGAGAGUUUGCAGCUGUGGAUAGUUCUUCACUGUUGUUGUCGUCUUUGUGUUCUUCCUUUGGAUCAGACAUUUGUGCAUUUUAAAUACGUAAUAGCAUAAAAAUCUAUUUCCUUAUGCACAACUCUAAAAGUUAUGUGCAGAGAGGCUUUCCUUCCUUUGAAAUGAUAAUUAUGGUCAUGAUAUAUUAUGUGUAUACAAACAGGUAUAAAUGUAUAAAUAGUUUGUUGUUAUCCCAAUUGAAUAGGUGUGAAGGAGUAGGCUUGAUAAGCUUUCCUUUCUCCUUUUCACAUUUUUUUCUUAAGUUCAGCCAAAUGGCGACUUUCUACUCCCUUUUAUUCACUAAACUGAAAAUGAAAGGACUGAAUGGUUUUUAGUGAACGUAUUUCAUUUAUUUUCUGUUUUUUUAUGUUUAAAAUUAAUUUUAAAAAAAUAGAAACCAGAGAAACUAUGAUGACUCUGUUUUUUAUUCCAGUGAUAAAGUUUUAUUUUCAAUCAUGGUUGUGGUUUGGAAACAUUUCCUCUAUUUAAUUCAUAAUUUUCUUGGUAUGUGAUUAUUUUGAGAGACAUUUAUUUUCCUCUUACUGUGAUUAAGAAUCACUGAAGACUUAGAGGAUCCACAAAAGGCAAAAAUGUGAAUGUGAGAUUCAGAAUAAAACGUUUUGGGAAGGAUUUUUUUAAUCUCAUUUCUAUAUUUGUGAAAAACAUACUGAAACUAUUACUCUACAAUUAAGAAAUGUGUCAUCUUGAUUCAUGAACUAUUUGUAUUUCUAUCCAAAUAAAGUGAUGUGCAAAUAUCUAAGAAUUUUUAAACAGAGGGGGUCAACUUUGAUCCAUUUAAAUUUAGUGAUCGUUAAACAUAAAAAUAUAUAGUAGAUGAAUAAAGAAUAAAGGACAUUUGAAGUCUGUUAAUAGUUUAUUAGAACUUUAUUGACAAAUAUUAGCAAGAAGAAUAAGAACUUCAAAAGAGAUAUUAAUAUAAAGACAUCUGAUUAAAC